UUUCUUAUAUGUUCUAUAAAUGACAGAUCUUUAUGAAUGAAUUUGCAUCAAUGGUACAAGAAGUUGGUGCAUCUUUGGCAAGACUUUCUACCAAAUUGGUUAAGGCAAAAGAGCUCUUUCCUGGGAAUCAGUUGGUCAAGAAGGUAGAUGAAGUGUUGGGAAAGAUGGCAAGAGAACCAUCAAUUCUCAGCCAAGAUGAUGAAAUAUUUGGAUCAGAGGAUUUUUUGAAUGCCAUAGCUCAAAUUGAGAAGGAACUGAUGGAGGCAAGUGAAGCAGAAAAAAAAAAAAAAAAAGGAAAUGAGAAGGAAUAUGAUAUAAGGAAGGCAUUCAGUUUGGGUUGCAACUUAACUCCCCCAACUCCAACAACUGAAGCACAGAUUAAUGUUGCAGCCACAACUUCAACAACAACUGAUGCAAAUGUUUCUUCUAAGCCAGAAGAGGAAAGAGUUGGAGGUUCAAAUUCUGAAGAACCACAAGAUGGAGGAAAUUCAAAAAAAGCAUCUGAUUCAAAAGUUGUGAUCCCAAGACACCAACUGAAAAUAGGGAAGCUGCUGGAGAUAUUUCUACAAUCUUCAAAUCUCCAGCAUGUUUAA